UGACUUGGCGAUGGUGAUUCACAAACUCUGCUACAAAACAGCGUUUCGGACCCAAUACAGAAGUUACGAGUACACGGUUAUGCCUUUUGGCUUAACAAACAUGCCUUCGACGUCCCAGUUAACCAUGAACGAGGUUUUUUGGCCGCUGCUGGAUAAAUGCGUCAUCGUGUACCUCGACGACAUCCUCGUCUACAGCACUACCUGGGAGCAGCAUAUGAAGGAUUUGACAACAGUAUUUUCUCUCUUGCAGCAGCACCGACUCAUCACCAAGGGCUCUAAGUGAGAGUUUCUAAAAUACGAACUGG